UUUAUUCAGGUAAAGGGUUGUCUCCUCUGGCAAACUUCGGUCUUUCUGAACGCAUUUUGACGCAGUAUUGCAGAAACAAUCAAACGGAGGGAGAAAAAAUCCGAUUAACAGUUAGGUAUUCAACUUUCUACUCCCUUUAGCACGUAGUGAGUAAGUAUUAUUCGCCAUAUAUCAGGUAAGAGGCAAAUUUUAUUCGGUAGACUAAAAUUCGUUCAGGUUUGGUAGGCAAACAUGUACAAACUGUUUGACGUCCAUGUAUUCCAGCUAUAUUAGCAUAAUACCAAUAAUACAGUAGGUACAUUCCGCAGCAACUUUAUGCUGUUUACACACUUAUCACCUCACCGAUUAGGCUUUAUCAUUUAUACCACUAUUUUUUUCUUGAAUUAUCACACCAAUACCACCCCGAAAGGGCUAUCAAUCCAGCAAAAUAAUCAGCAGUACACAGUUCAUUUCAGCCUAGUGUGAAGAUAAGUGACUUUACCACACGGUCCGCUCAAUUAGGAUUUGAACUGUUACGUGCAUCUUAGAGAAGAUGUCACUGUCGAAACCAAUUUACACGCUGCUGGGGUCGUAUUUUGAACAACUGUUCGAUCACCCAGUAAGAACGAAGGCAAUUACAAGCUGCGUCAUUGCAACCUCGGCUAACUAUUGCUCCCAAAAGAUUGCUGGUGCAAAGAAGGCCAAUAGCAACACGUUGGUGGCCUAUGGUUUGUUUGGUUUAAUUUUCACCGGUCCUCUGUCGCAUUAUUUCUAUAAAUGGCUGGAGCGAGUUACCGAAGAUCGUCGCUUCAAGCAGUUGCUGAUGCUGCUCGGGGAGCGAGCCAUCUUUGCUCCGGCUAUUACUGCCCUAUCGCUUUAUUUCAUCACCCGUUUCGAGGGCAAAAGCCAUGAAGAUGGAUGCAAUAAUAUGAACGAUUUGUAUAAGCUGAUUUUGGUGAACAACUGGAAGUAUCUGACGCUACCUGUGCUGAUAAACUUUAAAUUUGUGCCGCCGAUGUUACGCGUUCUUGUCGCAAACAUCAUCGGCUUCUGCUGGAUAGUCUUCCUAUCGGCUAAGCGCCGAAAGGCCGAACUCCGUCGCCGACAGGCGGAGGAGCAGAGAAACACCUGAGUAGCGGUGAACGUCUCUUUCUGGCCUUUCGCGGUAUUGACGGGGAAGCGCCGCAAUGAUGACGACGAUGUUGACAAUUACGUGGCACCGGAAAAACCUACGUCCUACGAAAAGCUGGCAGGGGGCAUAGUGUAAUGGAUCGUGUGAAGAGAAAACACCGGAGUGGAGGUCUGCGCGACCGAAUUAACAAAAGGUAAACCAAGAUUCGCGCAGCUUAGUUCGUGCAACACAGUCAAAUGAAAAGCAGAACAAUAGCAACAAAAAGAUAACAUUUAGUAAAUUUGCAUAAUGCCAGCAAACACUAACAAAUAAAUACCAGCCUUUUUAAAUUUCGCAUAUAAGACACGCGCGCGUUCGACAGCUAUCGGAAAACCAGAAAAAAUAUAAUAUUAGCAACAUAGGAUACAUUUAAAAUUAUAGACUUGUUCAGCAUUUAAGAAAAUUUUGCUUCCGUACAUGGAGAAAUAAUGCAAUAAUAUUUGUGAGAGGAUAUCCAGUUCAGUUAUUAGCGUUCCAUUUAGGUAAGGGAGGUUCAAGACUUUUUUCUCUGUUAAAUCUUUUGUUCUCGGAUGUAAGUUAUCAUGGGUAAAAAUAUAGCAUUUUUAUAUCACAGUACAA